UUUAAAGAGGCUCCCUCGUCGCUUCGAGCAAUAUAAGAGGGUCGCUCCCCGGUCCCCAAACCCUAAUCCGCCGUUGUGAUCUCCCAGCUUCCUCCUCCACUCGGCGGACACGAAGGUUGAGCAAUAAGCAAUCAAAAUGUUUACUGCAAGGAAGAAAAUCCACAAGGAAAAGGGAUUGGAACCUACAGAGUUUGAAGACACUGUUGCUCAGGCCUUUUUUGAUUUGGAAAAUAGUAACCAGGAGUUGAAGAGUGACUUAAAAGACCUAUAUAUCAAUUCAGCAGUUCAAACAGAUAUUGCAGGCAACAGGAAAGCUGUUGUUAUUCAUAUUCCUUUCAGGCUCCGGAAAGCUUUUAAGAAAAUUCAUGUGAGGCUAGUCAGAGAAUUGGAGAAGAAAUUUAGUGGAAAGGAUGUGGUUCUAAUUGCAACAAGAAGGAUAUUAAGACCUCCAAAGAAAGGCUCUGCUGUUGUGCGUCCUCGCAGUCGAACACUCACUGCAGUUCAUGAUGCAAUCUUAGAGGAUGUUGUAUUCCCUGCUGAGAUUGUUGGGAAGCGUAUAAGAUAUCGUUUGGAUGGCUCCAAGAUAAUAAAGAUUUUCCUGGAUCCGAAGGAACGGAACAACACAGAGUACAAGCUGGAGACAUUUUCAGGUGUCUACCGGAAGCUCUGCGGCAAGGACGUUGUCUUUGAGUACCCGAUGCCAGAGAGUGCAUAAAUCAAUUCUUCGCCCCAAAAUAGUGAAGUUCAAGAGAUUUUAUCUGGUAUUGGUUAAUUUAGAACUCGAAUUCAGACUACUAUGGACGGCUAUGCUCCCUUUUCUUUAAAAUAUGUCAGCUAUCAGCUUCUGAACAUUGAAAAGUUGUCUUGUUUCUUGAUUUUUCAUCUUGACUUGUGUUGGUUAAUUAAUUUCAAACAAAAUUAGAUUUUAACUAAACUUGGAUUUGUAAUGCAUGUUUUGGUCGAGUUUGUAGAUUGCUACGCCAACAUGACAAAAGUUUGAAGAAAGCAAUCCUUAAGUUUUCAGACAA